AUGGAAGAAGGCGUGAGGAGAUGGGUGAUCAAUUUAUCAAAGUGGGACCCACACCCCUCUGACUUCUCCUUCGCUCUCUCCCUCCUUCCCUCCCAUGACCACUCCUCCAUUACCAGGUUUGUUAAAUUGGCAGACAGGAAACGUGCACUUGUCAGCCGCAUGCUUCAGUAUGUUCUUGUCCAUGAUGUCUUGCAAAUCCCAUUUCCUGACAUUGUCAUCAAACGAACUCUGGAAGGCAAACCCUAUUUGGAUCAUGAUAGUCGUAGAUUCCCAAAUUUUAAUUUCAAUGUAUCCCAUCACGGUGACUAUGUGGCCAUAGCAUCUGAACCAGUAUGUCUUGUGGGGGUAGACAUUGUCUCCUAUGAUGUUCCACAGGGAGAAACAGUAACAGAAUUCAUUCAAUUCUUCUCAUCAUACUUUUCAUGUUUGGAAUGGGAUAACAUAAUCAUGGCUGGCAAUUCUGAUGAUGUAUUAAUUGAAUUUUACAGGUAUUGGAGCCUAAAAGAAGCAUAUGUUAAAGCUAUAGGGAGUGGACUGACUGAAGGGUUGAAUAAAGUGGAGUUUUCCCACACGGGAUGGUCUAAUAUAUCAGCUAAAGUGGAUGGGAAGGUUAUGACACAGUGGAGAUUUUGGCUGUCUGAACUCGGGGGUAGACAUUGUGUUUCAAUUGCGAGACUUCACCCAAUGUCAGCUGCUAUGAGUUACAAAAGAACACUGAAGAAAGUAGACUUUACUGAACACGAAUAUACUCUGGGUCUUCAUCUUCCUAAUGUAGACUUUGUUCAAAUAGAAAUAGAACAAGUUAUUUCAAUUUUACAGAAAGCAUUUGAUUGUAAGCAUAGAGGAUAA